GCUGUAGGUUUUUCUGCAGUCUUGUCUGCUUUCUUAAAGCAAGUGUCCAAGGAAGUUUGGACAGACAUUCUCCAGGGAGAUGAGCAACGCAGUGAACUGGUUUGCUGGCAUGGCGCCACAUCAGAUCAAGUGUUGUAAAGUCAAAACUGACGUUAUAAGGUUGAAAUGGUGUCAAUUUAUAAACACUGUAAGUGCGAAAUGUUGUAAGCUGAGGACUGCCUGUAUUCAGAACAAUCAGAGCAGUGUUUCUGAUGGGAGCCUAUAACAGCUGUCAUAUUAAGAGUGGGAAUGAAAAGCCUUAUCUGAGUCUCAACCCACUGUCUUCUUCCCUUGCAGAAAUGUGGUAUGGUGUAUUCCUGUGGGCACUGGUGUCCUCUCUCUCUUUCCAUGUACCUGCAGGAUUACUUGCACUCUUCACCCUCAGACAUCACAAAUAUGGUAGGUUUAUGUCUGUAAGCAUCCUGUUGAUGGGCAUCGUGGGACCAAUUACUGCUGGCAUCUUAACAAGUGCUGCUAUUGCUGGAGUUUACAGAGCUGCAGGAAAAAAAAUGAUCCCCUUUGAGGCCCUCAUUUUAGGUGUGGGGCAGACAUUCUGUGUGGUGGUGGUUUCAUUUUUACGGAUUUUAGCAACUCUGUAGCAUUCCACAAGAGAUCAAAGAACAAAUAGGAAGAAGAGAAUCUUGGUUACAUGGCAGAGAUAGUUGAUGAAUAUUGCAACUUCUUGGUCUCUGACCAGGAGAUAACAGGGAGGUGUGAUUCUAGCUGUAUCCAGGACACGUUUGCUUUUUCUCUGGCUACUUCAGUCACUAGGAAGGUUUGUUCCUGCUUCCAGUUUGGAAAGAGAAGCUAGACCUUGCUGACUCCAAUCUGAAAAGCUGUGUGCUGCAAACAAAUGUUGCAUUGAGGAACUUGUUUAAACUUUGUUGCUUUCGUACUUCAUGCAAACCAGCACAGCAAAAACUCAGUUUGAUUGUCUCAUGGCACUGCUACAUACACGCUUCCUGAGGAAACAAGGAAGGCACUUCCGCUGAUACUACUGCAAAGUUUAGAUAUCUUCAAACCGGAAUAUGCUGUUUUGUCAGUCUCCAGUCUGUUUGAUUGGAUUGAUAUAGAAAUCAACCUGUUAACUUUAUUUUGUUACAUUUUGGUAAUGCCAAGUGCCAUGUUCCGUUUUUUGGAGAGGUGGGGAAGGAGGGUGCACUUGUUAGACUUCAUUACAACUCCUGAAAGCACCGAACUGCAGUAAUGGAGAGUAGCCAAAAUGUGACAGAGUGGUUCUGCAGUUAAAAUAUUUGCAGCUAAAUAAUGUGGCAUUUUCAAAGUCCAGCAAGCACUUUCUACGUAUUGUAACAAACCUUAAAAACACUCCAUCUUUUAAAAAAAAAAUGUGAAAAAGCUUUUUAUGAUAAGGCUACUAACUUUUCUCUGCCCCCCUUUUUUCAACUAUUAGAUGUUGUUUUUAGCAGCAAAACAGCAACAUGAGAAAUCAUUGUGGAUACCUAUGGCUGAAUAGCUGUGAAUGUGAACAGUGGUGCAAGGGGCUCAUCUGGAUAAAGGGGCACUACUUAAAUUUCUCUGUAUAACAGCCUUUAUGUAUCUGCUGUUAAAGGCACAAGAGGUGGCUGAAUAGAAGUUGCCCCAGCAAUCAGUAGUUGGAAAUUCCUGGUGUCUGUAUAUAUUCUUCUAGAUCUGCAGCCCUUUGUGGGGGAGAGGGAGCCUGUUUUUUACUGAGCUGUUAGUUCUCUGUCCAAGUACUUGGGUUCUUAAAUGUUUACAUUCAUAGAAUUUGUAAAAGUAUAUUUUGUAAAGCUUCAAGGCCUGUACAUUUAGAACUUUACACACAGCUUCCCCAGCUGUCUGCAGAAUUGCCAUUAAAUCAUAUGCAAGUGUCAGUCAUGUGUCCCAGCUGGCUACUUGCCUGUGAUUAUUGCAGAAUGUACAAACCCUGCCUAUACUCUAUUCUAAAUAUCUGGUCUUGAAGUCUCUGAAAUCUCAUGGUAGGUUGGAUGCCUGCUUGGUGAGCCAGAAAAUUCCCAGGUGAUUUGCCUUUCCUCAUAGAAAUAUAUUCAAAGCAUUGCCUGAGCUACUGCUAGGAAAUGUGACCUCUCUUCUACAUUUCUCUUUUCUAGAUUAUUUUAAUCUCUUUUUGGUCUCUUCUCUGUUGACAGAAUAUGCUGUGUGCAUUAAGAGUGUUUGUCCUUUCUGGCAGGCUUGUUUAUCCACAGUCCCGUAGAAACUAAGGAUUAAUGCCAAGGAUUACUUUAAACUGUAGUCAGCUCUGACUUUGCCACAGUUUUUCAUGGUGCUGAGUGUGAUCCUUAUUUACAUAUUGAUCCCCCUGAUGGCAUCUGUCAGAGGUAUCCUUGAGCAGAACAUCCAGUCCCCAGGGAACAUUUUUAAAUGUUUGUGUUUUUCUGUACUUGUUUUGUUACCAAACCAGAUUGCCUUUUGCACUGAAUUCCUACUUCAUUUUAUAAUAACCCUUUGAACCCAUUGUCAUCUAGGAUUAAAGCACCACAAAGGGGGACAGGAAUACGUUUGUCACAGGAAAGUAAAUAUUCUGGUGGGAUUUAACUGUUAGUGAUUGACUUGAGACAAGUAAAGGAAACAGUUUCUCAAGAGUUAGUUAAUGAGAGCUAGAGUCUGUCUGAACUACAAUAGUUUUAAUCAAGUAAAAACUUGUGCAAUUUGAUAAAGUCUUUAUGUGAAUAUAUAUAUUUUUAGCUACCCAGUAUUAAAACUGUAUAUAGCUGCUGUUCUAGCACUGUACACCAAGUAACUUGUACUGAACACUGGAGCAUCUAACUAGAUCUUACGUGAGCUAAUCUAUAUAGAUCUACCACUGUUACUCUUGUGUUCACUCCUGUGGGGAGGUAGAGUGGGAGAAGGAUACUCAAGUGUGGACUAACUUGACCACAACAGACUCCUUAUAAUAGAUAAGAGUAGGAGUUAGAGAGAGCUGUUUAAUCUUUGGAUGGACAUCUUUUCCCUUCCCCACUGCUCAUCUCAGAUUGUUGCAGGGUGCAGCCCAUGUCCAAAAUGCCUGGCUGUUUGCUUGGCUUACCAUGGAUUUUACUAAGUGUCCAAUUCAUUUAUCUAUAAAAGGUCUUGUGUUUCUUGCCAUGACGCUUAGGUUGGGUAGAUGUCAUAUCUUAUAACCUUUUCUUAUGGCUGUUACUAGAAACUGGUGGUCUGGGCAUUUGUUGUGCUCCACAGGUUUGUGUUUCACUUCUUGCUGUGUGAAAUCCCACAGUUGCAUGGAUCAUAUACCAACUGGAAAGCCCAGUCAGCAAAGGCAUAAUUGUUGUGAUGUUGAAGAGCAGAAGGUCUUGAGAGAGGGCAGACCAGGGCUCUAGGUGGAGCUAACUGUCUUCAUCUCUUGUUGAAUCAACAGUCUGAAAUUGAGCAGAUUUGGUGGGGAGCCUGUGAUUGGCACCAAAAAGGAGCUUUCUAGUCAUAAGCCUCAGAGAACUUCUUGGCAUCUUUUUUCCCUGCUGUGUGUUUUUCACUUGCCUAAAGGACAGCAGCAAAGGAUUUCAUUAUGGUUUUGACUGUUAAUGCAUGCCAUAGUUUAGACCUGAAUAAAACCAUUUUUUAAAGAGCUAGAAAAAACAGCAUGACUCAGUAAGUGGAAGACCUAAAAUGUGUCUGGUUUCCUGCUUUUUUUAAGCUAAGUACCUUCUUUGGUCUAUUUAGCUUGAAGAGUUUGAAUAUGCAUAUUUGAAAUGGCUUGAGUGUUAAAUCAUACGUAGAGUACAAUGGGCAUUCAUCUGAAUUUGCCAAGGUCCAGUGAAGUUUUCGGGGACCUUGUAAAGGUGAAUAAUCAGACACUCACCAGUCAUAUCAACUGUGCAGUCAUUUGGGUAUGACUGCUCACUUUGUAGGUAAUAGCCAAACAUUUGCAUGGCUUUCUAUAGUUUUUAGUGUUGGACAUUCUUUACCUAACAUUGAACUGUAGAGAUCCACCAUGAGAAAUCCUUCUUAGCCCUUCUUUUUGAUUAAAUCAAUCCAAGCUUACUGGGAGAGUAAUUUUGAUUUUGUAGUUUUCUGUUCUCCCAUCAGAUCUGCUGAUUCAAUUUUUUAAUGUCCCUUAAAAUUGAAUUUUGAGCAAGUACUAGAAUCUUGGGGUUGGUUCUAUAGCUGAUAUAGCUCCCUUGCAAGGAAUGGGACUGCUGACUUUCACUAACUGAUAAUCUGGCCCUCAGCCUGUACAAAAACACAAUUGUUGGUGGGAGAGAUAGAGGACUGUAGAAGUGAAUAGAUAAUAUCAGCAUGUGAUGAUCUGGGCAGCCUCAACUGUCAGCUUCUUGCUGACUCAGACUUUGUUUGCAAAGGCUCCUAAAGUCCCACUGCCUUCCCCUAUGUAGCUGUUGUUUAUUUUUUUUAAAGCAAGACACUGGUGAUGGAUAGAACAAUUCAUGCCUAGGAGAGAGUAGCCCUUCAUCAGCCUGUUAAACGCCUGAAACUGUUGUGUUGGGCUCUUAAAAUAAAAUAAGGUUGUAUUGGUGCAUUGCAGUUCUAUCAUGUCAUGAUCCAAAACCC